AUGCGAUACCGGCUACUGGUCAAUAUACUUCGCCUGAGCACCAAACAUAGCUACGCUCGGCAGGUACUGGAAUGUACUUCUCCCAGCGGCAAAACCAGGCUGAUCAAGAAACUUAUCCAGAAUAUUUCCCACCAGAACAGGAUUUUAUCCAGACAACUAGAAGAUCGAUCCAGCCAGUCAUUUGCAUGCGUACAAAGUGCAUUCUUACCUCUACCAAUAUCACAAUGGGUUGCGGAUGCGGAUCUGAAAACUGUGGCUGCAGCGGCCCAAAGGACUGUACUUGCUCCAGUGGAAGCUGUAACUGCACUGCCUGCGGCCUUUCUGGGCCCUUAUCUUGAUUCUCCUGUCUACCUACGAGUGAGCCCUUGA